CGUUGCCAGAUCAGACGAAGUUGGCGGCCAGGCGUGGGAGUCAUGUCGGCGAUAGAUGCGUCACAUGGCCGCGGAGAACAUAACGAAUGGGGUGUCCAGGAUGCGUGUGGCAAGUGGAGAACCAAAUGCAGAAGACUCCCAACGGGCGAGCGAUUACGAAUCUAAAGAUGUGAUUUGCGAAGACGAAGUGGAAGACGCGGACGACAUGGAGAUUCGACCCCUUCCUGUGCGUGGCAGAGGAAGAGGUGGAGGCGUGUGUCAAGAGAAGGUUGUUUCCCGUGGUGGUCGCCGCUCGAAGGGUCCGCCAGGCAAGAAGGUUGGGAAACAUCCGUUGCGGAGUGUUGAGGAGAUGUUGAAGCUUGCCCGGGCGAAGAGGGAUCAGCAAGCUCAUUUCGAGGGCAUGCCGCACAACUACGGACGAAUGCGCAACAAGGAAUGGAAGUUGCAGGACCUUCAAAAGCGUUUGCUGGAGGUGGGGGUGGUCAGGACGACUGACGACAUCGGCAAGAAGUGGGACAACCUCUUCCAACAAUACAAGAAAGUGCAACGGUAUCAGAACGCCUCUGGGGGGAAGAACUUCUUCAACCUGAUACCUGCAUUGAGAACGAAAGAAGGCUUCAACUUCAGAAUGGAGGAGCGUAUGCCACGUUCCCCAUCCGUUGCUGGAGAAUCCGCCGUCGAGGGUGAUGGGGGUGAUGGGAACGACGACGACGGAGGGUCGGCGCAGGAGUCCAGCUUCAGUGCAGGCAGCACGGGAGGGAACUGCAAGAGGAAGAACAUGCGCCAGCAGACAUUCGAGGCCAUUGCUGAAGUCAUGGACAAGCACGGCACAUUGAUGGCUGACACCGUCGAGGGGGCGCGCAAGCGACAGUGUUCCAUUCUGGAGUGGCAGUGCGACAUUCUCGAGCCUGAGGUUGAUGCCCAGCGGCGGCACUACGAGGCAUCCGACGAGGCUAACAGGUUGAUGUGCACUGCAUUGCUGGAGAUCGCCAAAGUCAUCAGGGACAGGUUGAAUAGAAUCGGGGACGCCUUCCGCCUUCUUCUCACCGCCAACAUGUGGAUCAUGCGCAUGGGUGGCAACGACGCCCGUUCUCACUACAAGGCGUCGUACUACUCUCAGCUCGUCACGAAGCCAACACUGUUGGCGACAGGGUCGCAGGCAUUCAACCAGCGCAGGCAUAUUGUCGACUUUACGAAUGCUGUAUUGUAUCGCCUUGGGAAGCCGCCCAUAACAUUGGGUACAUUUCCCAACUACAUCCCGGAGUGGGCGGCUUGCGGAAUCAGCUUCAACUACAAUGCCGGGUUAGCGGACCCUGACGUGGCGGCAAGGAUGGAUUGGUUGGGGACGGGACCUCUCGCCGACGAAACGAAGGAAAUUCGUUUUUCGUUUGCGGUGUUUAACAUCCAUUGCAUGGCGUUAAGAACAUGUGUAUGGUCUAGGUUAGAAAACAUGUCCUUAAUGUCAUACGUGGCGCAUAUCAAUGUCCUUGUUGGCUCAUUAAUCUUCUGCAGUGCUCCCUUAACUGCUGCAAGAUCGUACUUGAGGAGCUUGAGGUCGUUCGCGUCCCUCCGUACUUCCGACACCAUUUUCUCCACUUUGCCUUCAUCUUCAAUUGCCUUUUGUCCUGCGCCGCUAGUGCUAGCUUGCAUGUUCAUACCUUGCGCUUUCUCCGCCUCCUUCUUACUUGGCGAGUCAAUCCUUAGUGCUAUGUCCACGAUGGACUUGAGUUCUGAUGCGGUGAUUGGAUUCUUCGACUUCGGUUCUUUAGAUGUUCCUUCUGACCUCUUCGUGCCACCAUCGCUCUUCUCGGUUGUCACUGCUUUCUUAUCUGUCGGCUUCAUGGUGAGUUUCUCUGUAAUCUUCAAUACUCUGUCCAUCUCCCGUCGUAGUUUGAAAAUCUCCUCCUUCAGGUUCGCUGUAAACCAUGCUCGAUUUCCCGGUGGAGGGAAAGCGUUGUGUCGUUGCUCCCAAUGUGGUCGGGCAAAUCUCUUCGGUGAAUCUGAUUCUGCCCUUCUCCUUCUAGCUGAUGGAGAUCUUGAUCUAUGUCUUCGAUCUCUAGGAGAUCUGGAUCUCCCCUGACAUAAGCGCUUAUUGCCAUGCGAUCCCGAGGACGAUGAUGAGUGUUUGCGCCUCCUUUUGUCCGACGAUGAGAGCGAACGCGCCGUCUUCCCUGAAGUGUCCGGAUCUUCGGGUCAACUCACAAUGUAGAUUAACAUCGAUAGGUUAGUCGAGGAAUAAAUCCGACAAUCUCCAAGCCGCAAACUGAAUAUAAAAAUCUUCAAGAUCGCUAAAACAAAUCUCCACACCAGCG